CCCUACAGACCGAACUGACGUCUGUUCUGGAUGAGUCUGCAGAUUCAGACCUGCCUUACCCUCCACCUCAGAGGGAGCCCAACAUCUAUAUGGUCCCUCAAGGAAUUAAGCCAGUUCUCCAGCGUACGGCCAUCGAGAUAUUGGCCUGGGGUCUUCGAAACCUGAAGAGUUACCAGUUGGCCAGUGUGACUUCUCCCAGUCUUCUGGUGGAGUGUGGUGGGCAGAUGGUCCAGUCAACUGUGAUCAAGAACCUGAAGAAGAACCCCAACUUUGACAUCUCCGUCCUCUUCAUGGAAGUGCGCCUGCCAAGGGAAGACCUCUACUGUCCUCCCAUCGUCAUCAAAGUCAUCGACAACAGACCCUUUGGCCGCAAACCUGUGGUGGGCCAGUGCACCAUCCGAUCCCUGGAAGCAUUCCUCUGUGACCCCUACAAAGAAGACGCGGUAUUUCCUGAAACCCACCCAGAUGACAUGAGCCUCACCCCAAAAGAUGAUGUUCUGAUUGACAUUGAUGACAAAGAACCUCUCAUCUCAGUCCAGCUUGCGGAUGGCAUGACCAGCCCGGCUUUAAUUAACACGCAAACCGCUCGACCCCAUCUCCAU